UGCCUUGCGUCGCCGCGCCGGCCCGGUCCCGCAUUCACGCGGAGAACGUCGUACCGCGCGCACCCGCUCUCGACGGAGCUUCACCUUCCGGUCCCGGCACUUCCGUUCUUCAACUGGUCAAGCCAGGCCACCUUCCGCGCCGCUCCGUUCGUCAGUCCGACUGCCGCGUGUGCCAGUACGCGGUUGCGUGGCCGCGUGCGUGCGCGUCUCACGAAACAGCCGGUUCCUCGCGUUCCGGCUCCGCGCCACGACUCGUGGGUGCCGCGGGUGUUGGCUAUCGAUCUUCGCCGUCUCGCUCUCUUCGCCCGUUCAUUGGCGCAGUGGUCGUCGAGAGCCCGGGGGCUGCCCGCUCGCUCGCCCGCGGUAUACAGAGUGUUGUGCCUUAACGUAACAUACUUAGAGAAUUCUCCUCUGUGAUUGCCCGCCCGGAGGUCAACGAGAGACUUCCCCUCGCUCUUCCUCUCGUUCGGUACCGACGGCCCUGUGAGGUUAUCAAAGAACGCUGGGAUUCUCUCGUGGCGACGGCAUGUCGGCGUUUUAAUUUUCUUCGUCCUUCAUGGGCGAGUGCCAUGUUCCUCUGACCGACGACGCUCGCAUUAUCCGGAAAACUAAAGAAAAGGAAACAUCAUGACGUUCUACGUGGGAACGGCCGACCUCGGGGAGCUAUGGGAGCUACCCUAUCUUCCUGAUUCGAUAAAUCAGGGAGGAUAUCUCAAUCACGAUAUCUUGAUGAGCACCAAAGAGGAGGAAUGGGGCGCCUUGUGCGAGAGGAACGUGAUACUGAGAGACCGCUUGAUGACGGACGCAGCUCUCGGUGGACCACGGCCGAUAAAAUCCGAGCACAGUUACAGCCUCUUGGCCCCCAGUCCCCCUCCGAGCCCAGCAACGCCGGGAGACAAUCCUCAUACGCCCAAUUCGGAUUCCGGCGCGGUUGGCACCACACCGACUACUAGUUCCUCCAUCGAUUUCGCCAAUCUGGAUCACAAGUCCCUCGAUAUCCGCGAUGAUAUGGAAGAGGAAUGUUUUCCGGCUAUUUCGAUAAGCAGCACUUCGAGCCGUGUCGAAUCGUCGUCUUCGUCGUCGGCGCCACUGUCAUCGUCCUCUACCUCGAGCGUAAUCCUUAAGAGAGACAAUCUAGUACCUGAAGACAACGAGUAUCCUCAAAUCAAGGGCGAGCCUAUCAGCGCGCCGGCGAGUCCCUGCGCGCCUUGUCAGCCAAAUUGCAAUAUGGUCGACGAUACGAGCACGAUAACAAUGGUGUCGCAGAGUCUUCAGUUCUCCAAAACCAAUCUGUCGCACACGAGUGACAAUGAGGAGGACGACGAGGAGUACUAUCAGAAUAUGGAGAUUGAGGAGUACGACGUGGCUUGCGAGGGAAAGGAAGCGACCUUGCACGCGUCGAGACAGGGAUUGCCGCCGACGCCGCCCAGCAGCGUAAACUCCGACAGCGAGGGUACCGCUUCCGCUUCCUGCUCGCCGGAACGCCGAGAUUCUCAGACUUGUACGCAGAAUCUCAGGGGCUUACUGGCACCGAGGCUCUAUGUCACCAACGGCACUCACGCCACCAGACAACCCAUUCAUACGCCUCUGAUUUCCUGUCAGCCGAAAGGAUCUACAGUGUUAGUAUUGACGGAGGAAGAGAAGAAAAUCCUGAGAGACGAAGGAUUUACCGUACCCACGAAGCUUCCUCUGACGAAACAAGAGGAGAAGUCUCUGAAGAAAAUACGAAGAAAAAUCAAGAACAAGAUAUCGGCACAGGAAUCACGAAGAAAGAAGAAGGAAUACAUGGACAAUUUGGAGAGGCGAGUCACUAUGUUGUUGAACGACAAUUCAUCGUACAAAGAGAGGGUAAAUUCCCUAGAAGACAAAAAUCGAAAGUUAGUAAAGGAGUUGCAACGUCUUCAGGCCUUACUGCAGCUACAACAAUCUUAGAUAUAUUGAUUUUUAUCUAGAAUAGCUCAAAUUUAUUUGAAAUCGGCGAAUUUUUACUUUUGAAAAGACUCGCGAGCAUUGCUCUCCAGAAAAUAAAAUUUUUGACCUGAUGAACAUUGCAGCGUUCGCAAUAAUAUCAAUAAACCCGGCUAAAUAAUUUAACAUUAUUACGAAGAUUGAAAAUUAUAAAAUCUUGAAAAGGGUUUUAAAGUUUCCAAUCUUUUAUGAAUGCUAACAUAGAUUUAUCUUCCACGUAAACUUUAAUCCUUAUAAUUGUUACGAGAUGAUAUAAAUAGCAUGUUUUUAUUGCUAAGUCACAGACCAGAGUUUAUAAAAGAGAUCUAUUUUUUAGGGAUUAGUGCAAUUUCUUUACAUUCCUAGAAUGUCUUCCUCGCAUACAAGACGCAACGAAGUAACUUGCAGCAUAAUCGCGAUUGAGGAUGUGUGAAAGGCAUCCCGAAUGCUGCAGACUACUUCAAUUCUUUCGAUAACUGAAGAUUUUUUUAGCCAAUAUGCUAUUUACAUUAUUAUGUUCUUUGCGAAAUCAACAUGUUUUCGCCAGGAGUGCCUUGAAGGGUUAAUUUCCAUAUUUCUUCCAGCAUCAAUGACCGAAGGAUAUGCAUAAUUUGCUAAUAUAUUUCUCGCAAUUAGGCACAUUAAGCGUGAGUUUUUUCAUUUAAUAAACGAAAAUAUUUUGGAAGUAUAGGACUCGGAUUGUCUAUCCGCGAACAUUCGCGUGUUGCGAAAAGCGGUUAUUGGCUAUUGCCAAAUUCGAUGCAACGAGGAAUUUCAAAAAGACGCACAGGUAUAACCGGCCUUUUGAUUAUUCCAUAUUUGCGUCUCGAAAGCGGUUUUAAACCGUUUGGGAUCCAAAGAAGUAGUCUCGGGAUCCAUACUAGCGCUUGUAUCGUGGUACAUAAUCCAUUUUGACGCAGUUCUGUGAAUGGAUUUGCCUGUAUACAAGACAAAAUAUAAUAUACGACAUAUUUUAUAGGUAAGAGAGAAGAACGAAAGUAUGACUAUUCUUAUGUAAGAAGGUGUGACGCGAAAGUAGAUUCAAUGCAAUCGACGAAGUUAUUGUAUUUACGCUUUACGAGAACAUUUAUUUGUAUAUGCAAUAAGAUUAUCAUGCAGAUCGAUCAGGAAGAAACAAUCCCGUCAAAUCGAUGGUGUGUUAUUCUUUUUAGAGCUAUGUCACUGGCGCUAAAACGAGCGUUGGGGCAAGUCUCUAAGAUUCUCGAUCACAACGAUGAUAAUUUAUUUCGCGUUAGUUGAAAACGCAUGGUAGAAACAUUUGUAAAAUAUAAGUACAUGAGUGUAGAAUAUAUUUUGCUCGUCUACGAAAAAUCAUCUAAAAUCCGCUGUUGCGUUUGCGAGCCAAUGGAAGUUACCUGUUUGAGCAGCGCGAGUUCUCUGGCCUCAUUAUAGAUAGAUAGAUUCGCGCUCGAGAAAAUUGUACAGGACAUCGGUUUCCUGUGGCCUUUUCAAACGUGAAGCCGCAUUAUUUGCGGUGUAAGGAGAAUUUCGAUCGAUAUCAAACAUUAUUAGUGUAUCGCGUACCAAACAUUCUGACUUUUAAUUGUUUUCUUCGUAGCUUUGUUUCAUGAUUAGCGUAGAUUAGAAUUCGCGCAACAAGUCAUUUAUUAUCGCACGAUAAUGGCAGACCUCUCGGCUACUUACCGCAUGAAAAUCGUGGAAAGGGACCAAUGCGUGCAAGAUAAGAAGACUUUUUCUUCUUCUUCUUCUUCUUCCUCCUCCCCCGUUUUUUCUGCUUCACACAAUUGCCAAAUAAAUAUGUAGUAGGAUUUAAUGUCGUGUCGUGAGUCCAGGAAAUAGUACACACGUAUUAAAUAGUCACACAUCCCUUACAUGAGUGUCUACAGAUCGAAUCGCGGCUAUCAUUGCGUCGCGAUAUCUUCUAAAUAUAUAUUUUCAUCAGCCGACAUGAUCUUUUUAUCGUAUGAGCUAAAAUAAAGUGUAGAAUACAUUCGUAGUGUACAGAUAACGUAUAUAGCAUGGCCAUAAGGAAUCUUCAUUUAUCUAUCCUUCGAAUUCACACGCAUGUCAUACUUAAUUAAUAAAAAUAAAUUAUUAUAUACUUUCACAGCCAGAGCUUAAAAUCGACCUCAGAUUCAUCAAAGAAAGCACCCUCAUUUCUCUUUUCCUAAGUCAUGCUGUAUACACAGAGACGCGUAAACUCUUGCGAAAAGAUUGAAUUUCACGAUAAUUUUAGGUUGAUAAUUUUUGGAGUUUUUAGAGGAAUUAUAUACCUGCUGAACAUGUGUCGUUGGAAAAAAGUCAAUGAAGAAGUCAAUAAACAAACGAUAGGAAUCGAUUGCACAUAAAUGUGAAUGUGAAGGCGCUUUCGACGUAUUUCGCGGACUUAUAAGAGGCCGAUCGGCUAAGAAUUCUUUUUGUCUGUGAAUUGUGCAAAAACAUUCGUGAGCGCGCACGCACCACACACACACACACACCUGCGCGCGCGCGCGUGUGGUUUUUCAUUACCACAUGCGUAUACGUGCAUGAUAAAGAAAUAAUUACAUGUCUGUACAAAGCGGAAGAGUAACGAUUUUUAUCGAAAGCAGAGAAUUUAAUAUAUUCUAUGAGAAUAAAGCUUUAUAAUUAAUUAAUUAUAUAUACAUAUAUUAACAUUAUACAUAUAUAUAGAUGAUUAUAUUUUACGACAAAUUAUCCUAACGUUCGACAGUAAAGCCAGUCGUAUAAAGAGUUAUCUGAUAUACAAAUUUAUCACUAUUACCAUUCUUGUUAUCAUGAUGUAUCAUUUAUGUCCCAUACGUGAUGCGAGAGCACGCAUCUGUAUAUCAUAUACUUGGCGUAUAUAUUUAUCCAGAGAAAGAGAGUCCGUAUAUAAAUAUAUAAAUAUAUAUAAAUAAAUAAUUAUAUAUAUUUAGUUAUUUAUAAAACAGAAGAUAACAUAAAUACAAAUAUAUAUUCCAUUCGACGCACGUCGAAUUUAUGUGUGCAUGUAUGUGUCUAUGUAAAUGCGCGAGUGCCGCGUCGUUAAUGUACGUCGUCAGCCACGCGGUCCUGCAACUACGAAUGGAUGUUGUGCGACAAUAAGAAAUAAAUAUUUGUGAACCAGCA